UUCGGUGUGUAGGCACUUCAGCAGUGAGUUGCUUUUGGCGGCCGGCUCUCCGGACGUAUGACAGUUGCGGUGAAAGGGUUUCCAGAGAUAUCCUUUCGGGGACUUAAUUUUGCCCUGACAUGCCUCCUACAGCAGUCACAAGAAUAAAUUAUACCCCUCCAGAUGGUGGAUGGGGAUGGGCAGUGGUAUUUGGAGCAUUCGUAUCCAUUGGAUUUUCAUAUGCUUUCCCUAAAGGUAUAGCAAUAUUUUACAAAGAAAUCCAGGAUUUCUUUGACACAUCGUACGGUGAGAUUGCAUGGGUUUCUUCAAUUAUGUUGGCUACUACCUAUGGUGGAGGUCCCAUUAGCAGUAUUUUAGUCAGCCGGUUUGGUAGCCGACCAGUGGUCAUAUUCGGCGGGCUACUAUGUGGCAUAGGGAUGGUCUCAGCUUCCUUCUGCACAAGCAUUUUUCAGCUGUACGUUUGUGCUGGAUUUAUCACAGGGCUUGGCCUUGCCCUUAACCUCCAGCCUUCUGUGAUCAUCAUUGGAAAGUACUUCCUGAAACGACGACCAAUUGCCAAUGGCCUUGCCAUGGCAGGAAGCCCUGUCAUGCUGUUUACACUUGCCCCUAUGAACCAGUUCCUUUUUGACCACUUUGGUUGGAGAGGGAGUUUUUUUAUUCUGGGGGGAGUUCUGUUGAACUGCUGUGUGGCUGGAGCUCUCUUCAGACCCAUUGGAGCAGCUACAGGCCCUGCUAAGAGCCCCAAAGCGAGGCAAGCUAUGGAGACUCGAGAAGAACAGCUGGAAACGGGAAAAGCUGAACUGCCUGGGCCUGGCAAUGAAGAGAGGGAGGACAGAGACUGUUGUGAAAACUUUAACAAGUACCUUGAUUUAUCCCUUUUCAAACACAGAGGCUUCCUGAUAUAUUUGGUAGGAAAUGUGCUCAUGUUCCUGGGAUUUUUUGCUCCAAUUGUUUUUUUGGCUCCUUAUGCGAAGCACCUUAAAAUUGAUGAAUAUUCUGCAGCUUUCCUCCUCUCUAUUCUUGCCGUUGUUGAUAUGGUAGCCAGGCCAGUUACAGGACUCAUUGCAAACAGCAGAUGGGUGAGGCCAAAGAUUCAAUAUUUUUUCAGCAUCUCCAUUAUUUUUAAUGGAGUCUGCCAUCUCCUGUGCCCUUUAGCCACAGGCUACGUGGGCUUAGUAGUGUAUUCGGCCUUUUUCGGCUUAGCUUUUGGAAUGGUUUGUGCAAUGCUGUUUGAAACUCUCAUGGAUCUUGUUGGUAGCAGCCGAUUCACAAGUGCCGUAGGACUGGUCACCAUUGUGGAAUGUUGCACCAUACUGCUUGGGCCACCUAUUGGAGGGACCAUUAUUGAUGUUUCUGGGGACUAUAAAUUCAUGUUCAUUAAAUGCGGCAUCGUGAUGGUCUUGGCUGGAUUGUUUCUGUUCGUCAUGAAUUACUACAAUUACAGGAUGCUUGCAAAAGAGGAGAAAAGGAAAAAAUGUGAAGUGGCAAAGAAGAAUGAUGAAUACCUAAGGAAAGAAAGUAAGGAGAGCAAUAUCCAGAACACAAAACUGAUGCAGGAUGGGCCUGAAACGGCCCCUCUAAGGACUGAAGAGGAAGCUGCUGACAGCACAAAUGAGUCCUAAGCCUGUUUUAUAAGCCUCUGACUCGGAAAUGACUCUUUUGUGUUUGUUUCUUAAAGUGACCAUAAGUGAAUCACACGAAAUUUCCUUUCUGCCUUUAUAUACUGUAUUUGCCUCUCUAUUUGGUCUAAAAACCGAGAAGGAAAUAAUAAGCCCUUGUUCUACAUGAGCACCUGGCAAAUAUUAUGUGGUACUUGUUUCUGCACCACUGCACAUCAGUAUAGACUGUCUUCUAUAAGUUUCUGCCACUGCUGAGCACAACCGAUGUUUUUUCCUUGCUCAAAACUAGUCUCAGCCCUGCAAUUCUUUCAAGGUCAUGCAAAAAAAGAAGGGAAAUACCCAUGAUUUCUUAGGGUAUACCCAUGUUGGAGCCUUUUUUGCCCUCAGUUCAGUAUUUUGGCACAUACUUAAAAUAACAGGGACAUGAAGCUGCCUUAUAUUGAAUCG